ACCACCUCAAAGCCUUUCCCUCCUCUGUCACCUAUCUCUCUCUCUCUCUCUGAGUACUCUUUUUCUUUGGGUUUUUUUCUCGCCCAAAUCUCUUCCGAUCUCGCUCUCUCACCGCCGGAAGAGAGGAAGAGACUACGCCGCCGGCGAGAUGGGUGACGGUAGGCUGGCCGACAAGUUCUUCCGGAUUAGGCGAACUCUUCUGGAGAUGCUGAGGGACCGGGGCUUCUUGGUCACCGACGCCGAGAUCGCGAUGACCAGGGAGCAGUUCAUCGAGAAGUUCGGGAUCAACUUCAGGAAAGAGGUUCUUGAUUUCCAUCGCUCCAAGAGGGACGACCCUUCCGACAUAAUAUGUGUUUUCUUUGUUGAGGACAAGCUUUGCAUAAUGUCGCUCGAGGCUUAUCUAACGCAAAUGAAUUCUGCAAAACUCACCAGGGCAAUAUUUGUUGUCAAAGACAAGCCAACUCAAUUGUUCCUGUGGGAACUGGGCGACCAUUCUGCAAAACACUUGGAGGUUUUUACGGAGGAAGAGCUGUUAGUCAACAUUUCAAAGAAUGUUUUUGUUCCAAAGCAUGAAUUGCUUACUAGUCCCAAGAAGAAGUUUUUAUUGGAGCGAUACAAUGUCAAAAUCACUCAGCUUCCUAGGAUCCAAGUGACCGAUCCAGUGGCCAGGUACUAUGGCCUUGUUCGUGGAGAUGUAGUAAAGAUUACCCGAUCUUCUGAAACUGCUGGUAGAUAUGUUACCUACCGCGCUGCUGUCUGAGUUGGUACUGACUUCCAAGCUUGUAUAGCUUAAUCUGAUAGUUGAGAGUAAGUCUACUUCUAGAAAUUGGACACCUUUAGAGGACCUUUAGGCAUGCAAUGUUUUUGUGAUGGUUUUUCAUCAGGUUUAGGUAUGUAUGCUGGCUUUUGGAGACUGGCAUUCAAGAAUUGACACAAGAUAACAACAGCUUUCACAUAGCCUAUAGCUACAAAUCAUUCUCACUUCAUUAUUUGAACUUUCUUAUAGGUUAAUUUCAAAGCAUUGGUGUAUUCUUAU